AGGUGCUGGAAGGUAAAGUCAUGACAAUUCUGGCUCCCCGCUUCUUCUCCUGCUCCUCCUUGGCUGCUUGGCUUGCCGUCCUCCAUCCCUUGGAACGCUGACAGGGAGUCGGAACUGAAGGUGCGUUAAGGAUAUAACCUAUUUCAAGGGAACCUUUAUGGGAUUUUAAGCCUCAUCAUGGCUCACGCUGCAUCACACUUAAAAAAGAACCGGGAUCUGGACAUUAAUGCAGAAGAAGAUGCCAAAGAAAAAAAAAGGCACCGGAAACGAUCAAAAGAUAAAAAGAAGAAGCAGACUGACACAAAUGCGAGUUACUUAAGAGCUGCCAGAUCCGGAAACCUAGAGAAAGCCCUUGACUAUUUAAAAACCGGUGUGGACAUCAAUAUCUGCAACCAGAAUGGGCUCAACGCUCUCCAUUUGGCUUCUAAAGAAGGUCACAUAGAAAUCGUUUCGGAACUUAUACAAAGAGAUGCUGACGUGGAUGCGUCAACAAAGAAAGGAAACACCGCCCUCCACAUAGCGGCUUUGGCUGGACAAACGGAAGUCGUAAGAGUGCUGGCUACCAAUGGUGCUAACGUCAACGCACAAUCUCAGAAUGGCUUCACCCCGCUCUACAUGGCAGCACAAGAGAACCACCUGGAAGUUGUCAAGUUCCUGCUUGAUAAUGGGUCAAGUCAGAGCCUUGCUACAGAGGAUGGCUUCACACCCUUGGCUGUUGCCCUCCAGCAAGGCCACGAUCAGGUGGUUUCGCUGCUUCUUGAAAACGACACGAAAGGGAAAGUGCGGCUGCCAGCGCUUCACAUUGCGGCACGGAAAGAUGAUACAAAGGCUGCGGCUCUUCUUCUACAGAACGAUAACAAUGCUGACAUAGAGUCUAAGAGCGGCUUUACUCCACUCCACAUCGCGGCUCACUAUGGAAACAUAAACGUGGCUACUCUGCUGCUUAACCGUGGUGCCGCUGUGGAUUUCACCGCAAGGAACGACAUUACUCCUUUACACGUGGCUUCCAAAAGAGGAAAUGGCAAUAUGGUGAAGCUUCUCCUGGAUCGAGGAUCUAAAAUUGAUGCCAGAACAAGGGAUGGACUGACACCUCUUCACUGCGGAGCGAGGAGCGGCCACGAGCAGGUGGUGGGGAUGCUGCUGGAUAGAGGCGCCCCAAUCAUGUCCAAGACAAAGAAUGGUCUCUCCCCAUUGCACAUGGCGACCCAAGGAGAUCAUCUGAAUUGUGUGCAGCUCCUGCUCCAGCACAACGUGCCCGUCGACGACGUCACCAACGACUACCUGACUACACUGCACGUGGCGGCCCAUUGUGGCCACUACAAGGUGGCAAAGGUCCUGCUGGAUAAGAAGGCCAAUCCAAAUGCCAAAGCCUUGAAUGGUUUCACGCCACUUCACAUUGCUUGCAAGAAGAACCGGCUUAAAGUCAUGGAGCUGCUUUUGAAACAUGGAGCGUCUAUCCAAGCAGUCACAGAGUCCGGCCUGACGCCAAUCCAUGUUGCUGCCUUCAUGGGACACGUCAAUAUUGUUUCCCAGUUAAUUCAUCAUGGAGCAUCGCCUAACACAACCAAUGUGAGAGGAGAAACUGCAUUGCAUAUGGCGGCAAGAGCCGGACAAUCUGAAGUCGUUCGGUACCUUCUACAGAAUGGAGCUCAGGUAGAGGCAAAAGCCAAGGAUGACCAAACUCCGCUGCACAUAGCCGCUCGGCUGGGGAAAGCUGUUAUAGUCCAGCAGUUGGUCAAGCAAGGAGCUUCUCCUGAUGCGGCCACUACCUCGGGGUACACUCCUCUGCAUCUCUCUUGUAGAGAAGGACACGAUGAUGUGGCUUCCGUUCUACUGGAGCAUGGAGCUUCCUUGGGAAUACUUACUAAGAAAGGAUUCACUCCACUCCAUGUGGCUUCCAAGUACGGGAAGCUGGAAGUAGUGAAACUUCUCCUGCAGAAGAAUGCGUCCACGGAUGCUGCCGGCAAGAGUGGUCUAACUCCACUGCAUGUGGCUGCACAUUACGAUAACCAGAAGGUGGCGCUAUUGCUCUUGGAUAAAGGAGCCUCUCCACAUGGAGCAGCAAAGAACGGCUACACCCCACUGCACAUUGCCGCAAAGAAGAACCAGAUGGACAUCGCUACUACCUUGCUGGAAUAUGGAGCAGAUGCCAACGUCAUUACCAAGCAAGGAAUAUCGCCAGUACAUCUAGCGGCACAAGAAGGCAAUGUAGACAUGGUAUCCUUGCUUCUCACUCGGAAUGCCAACGUCAAUGUCAGCAACAAGAGUGGACUCACUCCUCUUCAUCUGGCUGCACAAGAAGACAGAGUUAAUGUGGCGGAGGUUCUGGCCAAUCAGGGGGCUGUUAUUGACGGAAUAACAAAGAUGGGCUAUACCCCUUUACACGUGGCAAGUCACUAUGGAAACAUCAAAAUGGUAACCUUCUUGCUUCAGCAUGGAUCUAAAGUGAAUGCCAAAACCAAGAAUGGAUACACACCUCUGCAUCAAGCAGCUCAGCAAGGCCAAACACAUAUUAUUAAUGUUUUGCUUCAACAUGGCGCAUCUCCUAAUGAAGUCACUGUGAACGGCAACACAGCCCUGGCAAUCGCCCGCCGACUCGGAUAUAUCUCCGUCGUUGACACCCUGAAAGUUGUAACAGAGGAAACCUUAACCACAGUGCAGCUGGUGACUGAGAAACAUAAAAUGAAUGUUCCGGAAACGAUGAAUGAAGUUCUGGACAUGUCGGAUGAUGAAGCUCAUAGAGCCAGUGUCCCAGAAAUUGUGAGUGACGCAGAGUAUAUGUCAGAUGGGGACGAAGGGGAGGAUGCAAUGACGGGAGACACAGAUAAGUACCUGGGGCCGCAGGACUUGAAAGAACUUGGAGACGACUCUUUGCCUCAAGAAGGAUACACAGGUUUCAGCAUCGGAGCCAGAUCUGCCAGUCCUAAAAUCAGUUCGGAUAGGUCCUACACACUGAACCGGAGUUCCUUUGCUCGGGACAGCAUGAUGAUUGAAGAGCUUCUUGCACCUUCCAAAGAUCAACACCUUUCAUUAACCAGAGACUUCGAUUCGGACUCUCUGCGCCAUUACAGCUGGGCCGCGGACACCCUGGACAAUGUCAACCUAGUCUCCAGUCCGGUGCAUUCUGGUUAUGUCUCUUCACUCCCACAAUAUGAUGCAAGUUUUCUGGUUAGCUUCAUGGUCGACGCUCGAGGAGGUUCCAUGAGAGGCAGUCGGCACAAUGGGAUGCGAAUUAUUAUUCCCCCGAGGAAGUGCACGGCACCUACUCGUAUCACAUGCCGACUAGUGAAGAGACACAAACUGGCCACACCUCCGCCAAUGGUAGAAGGGGAAGGUCUCGCCAGCAGGCUUGUAGAAAUGGGUCCUUCUGGUGCACAGUUUCUGGGACCAGUGAUAGUGGAGAUUCCACAUUUCGGAUCCAUGAGGAGUAAGGAGAGGGAACUGAUUGUACUAAGGAGUGAAAAUGGAGAGAACUGGAAGGAGCACCAAUACGACUGCCGGGUUGAGGAGCUUACAGACUUACUUAAUGGCAUGGAUGAAGAACUGGACAGUGCAGAAGAACUGGAAAAAAAGAGAAUCUGCAGAAUCGUUACCAAGGAUUUCCCUCAGUAUUUCGCCGUUGUCUCUCGGAUAAAGCAGGAAAGCAAUCAGAUUGGCCCUGAAGGUGGCGUUCUAAAAAGUACUACGGUACCACGGGUACAGGCGUCCUUCCCAGCGGGAGCUUUAACAAAGAGAAUUCGAGUAGGACUCCAGGCCCAACCAGUACCCGAUGAAUUGGUCAAAAAAUCGAUUGGAAACAGAGCUACAUUCAGCCCUAUUGUUACUGUUGAACCCAGAAGAAGGAAAUUCCACAAGCCGAUAACAAUGACGAUUCCAAUACCGCCACCGUCUGGAGAAGGUGUCGGCAAUGGCUACAAAGGGGACACAACGCCAAGCUUGAGGCUUUUGUGCAGUAUAACAGGCGGGAUGUCUCCAGCUCAGUGGGAGGAUAUAACAGGAACAACACCCUUGACGUUCGUCAAUGACUGUGUUUCCUUCACUACCAAUGUUUCUGCCAGGUUUUGGCUCGGUGACUGCCACCAGAUCCCAGACACUGUUAGUUUGGCAACACAGCUUUAUAGAGAAUUAAUUUGCGUUCCGUACAUGGCCAAGUUUGUGGUCUUUGCCAAAAUGAAUGACCCAGUGGAAGCUCGGCUACGCUGUUUCUGUAUGACAGAUGACAAAGUGGACAAGACCCUGGAACAGCAAGAGAACUUUGAAGAGGUUGCUAGGAGUAAAGAUAUAGAGGUUCUAGAAGGCAAACCUAUUCAUGUUGACUGCUAUGGAAACUUAGCCCCAUUGACCAAAGGAGGACAGCAGCUCAUAUUCAAUUUUUAUGCUUUUAAGGAAAACAGAUUGCCCUUCUCUGUAAAGGUCAGAGACACCAGUCAAGAACCAUGCGGUCGCCUGUCGUUUUUAAAGGAGCCAAAGACAACUAAAGGCCUGCCACAGACUGCAGUCUGCAACUUAAACAUCACCCUGCCGACCCAGAAAAAGGAAACAGAGUCAGACCAAGAUGAUGAGAAUGACAAAGUGGAUCGACGACAGAACUUUGUGUCUCUAGCCUUGCGUAAGCGAUACAGCUAUCUGACUGAGCCUGGAAUGAAACCACUUGAUCGGAGCCCAGGAUCCACAAGACCCAUUCCUACUACUUAUUCAUACAAGCCAGGCUUUCCAACAAGACCUUACCAAUCAUGGACGACUGCUCCAAUUACAGUGCCUGUACAAUCCAAAUCAGGCUUUACCUCUCUAUCAAGCUCUUCCUCUAAUACGCCCUCAGCAUCCCCUUUAAAAUCAAUUUGGUCUGGUUCUUCUGCUUCUCCUAUAAAAUCCACAUUAGGAGCUUCUACUACUUCUUCUAUUAAAUCUGUUAGCGAUGUAGCAUCUCCAAUUAGAUCAUAUCGGACAAUUGCUUCACCUAUAAAAACGGUUGUGACGCAGUCUCCCUACGCAGUUCAAGUUUCCACUGGCUCACCAAUCAGAGCAUCUACCAUAGCAGAGACUACGUCUUUCAAAGGGCUGCCUUCUAGCUCUCCUUUUGCGUCCAGAACUUCUCCAGUGACAACUGCUGGGUCCCUUUUAGAAAGAUCGUCCAUUACAAUGACACCUCCAGCAUCCCCUAAAUCAAAUAUAAAUAUGUAUUCUUCAAGCUUGCCCUUCAAAUCUAUCAUUACAUCUGCAGGGUCACUUUCAUCUUCUCCUCUAAAAUCAGUUGUCUCUCCUGCUGUCUCUUCUGCUAAAGUGACCAUGACAUCUUCUCUAUCGUCACCUUUAAAACUUGCCAAUGGGCCAAGUGAAGUUGGCUUAGUUAAUGGAUCUGCAUCGCCAUUAAAAUAUCCACUAUGUUCAAAUUAUAUUAAUGGGUCAGCUGUCCAUUUACAGGACAAGAUAGCUGCAGUCACAAAGUCUGCAACAUCCACUGUUAAUGCAACAAUAGAUGCAGUUGAGAAAAACUACUCUGUCUCUUCUACUACUCCACUGCCAUAUUCACCUCUCAGGUCUUUUUCUUCAACAGCUUCUGCAUUUCAGUCAAUACGAAAUCCUGCUGCCAGCACACUUUACACAUCAUUUAGGUCUACACUUGCCUCUACUACCUCAUCUGUAACUUCAUCAACAAUAACGGUGCCAGUAUAUUCUGUUGUAAAUGUUUUGUCAGAACCAACCCUUAAAAAACUGACUGAAUCUGCUUCAUUGACAAAAUCAGCUGCUGCUCUUGUGUCUCCAUCAAAAAAUUUAUCCACAGAGACCCCUUCUCAUUGGGCUUCCACUCCUGCUAAAACAUCUUUGUUUCUAGCACCUAGUGCUCUUAAGUUAGCCACCAGCAGCACUUCAUUAUCCUCCAGUCAGGAGCUACUGAAAGAUGUUGCAGACAUGAAAGAAGAUUUAAUAAGGAUGACCGCAAUUUUACAGACUGACACCUCAGAAGACAAAGCAUUUGAUCCUGAAAUAACAAAAGAAGCUCGAAUUGAGGACGUAGAGCCAUUUAAGCUAGUUGAAAAAGUAAAAGAGGAUUUAGUGAAAGUUAGUGAAAUUUUAAAAAAAGACGUGUUUCUCGAAAACAAGUUGUCUGCAAGUCAUGCUGGACACUCGCCGGAGGAUGAAUGGGUAGAAUUUAAUAACGAAGAACUUGAAGAAGCAAGGCGGUUUACAAACACACAUGCACCAGAUAAAGUAGACAUAAAAACAAGAACUUUAUCAGAAAAAGACUAUAACCUGACAAAAGUCAUUGAUUAUUUAACUAAUGAUAUUGGGGGAAAUACAUUUUCAACCCUAAAAUACAAGUAUGAUGAUUGCAAAAAAGAAGGGGAAGAGAGACAAAAAAGGGUGUUAAAACCAGCAAUGACUUUACAGGAGCAUAAGCUUAAGAUGCCUCCAUCCUCCAUGAGAUCCUCUGCUUCUGAAAAAGAGUUAUGUAAACUUUCAGACGCUGUAUUUGGGACCGAUAUGAACUUAGAAUCACCUGAUGACUUUUCACAGCAUGAACAAGACAAGAGUCCUUUGUCUGAUAGCGGUUUUGAAACAAGAAGUGAAAAAACACCAUCAGCCCCACAGAGUGCUGAAAGUACAGGUCCUAAACCACUUUUUCAUGAUGUACCUAUCCCACCUGUCAUAACAGAAACAAGGACAGAAGUAGUUCACGUCAUACGGAGCUAUGAACCUUCUACUGGAGACAUUGUAGAAUCUGAAAAAGUAGAAAUACCACCCUUGAAACCUGAUGCAGUUUUCAUGGACUUGGAACAAAAUUCCUCUGGAUCAAUGAAAGUAAAAAGUAAAGCCUUCCAGAUAAAAGCUGGAAUUGACGAUGAUGACAAAGGUGUUUUGGGCAAAGGCAUGCGAGUUAAAGAGGAAACUCAUAUUACCACUACAACUAGAAUGGUUUAUCAUACACCUCCAGUGAUUGAAAAUAAAUCAGAAAGACGUGAGGAAACAAUGUCGGUCCAUGAUAUAAUGAAAGCCUUUCAGUCAGGUCGUGAUCCUUCUAAAGAGCUUGCAGGUCUGUUUGAACAUAAGACUUCAGUUACAUCAGAUAUUCAGAAGUGCACUGACAUCUCACAGCCAUAUUCUGAGAGAGACGGCAAAAUGAAACCAAAGCUGGAACGCAUAAUAGAGGUGCAUAUUGAAAAAGGUAACCAGGCUGAGCCUACAGAAGUCAUAAUUAGGGAAACAAAAAAACAUCCCGAAAAAGAAAUGUAUGUUUAUCAGAGGGACUUGAGUCAGUUAAAUUAUAAUAUCAAAGAUGGAAUUACUAAAAGGAAUAUGUUUCCAUGUUCAGAUGAGCAUGGACAAGUAGAAGAAGAGGAGCUUACAGCAGAAGAGUCUCUUCCAUCCUAUUUGGAUACUUCACGAGUAAAUACUCCGGUCUCUCAAGAAGAAGACAGUCGCCCUAAUUCAGCUCAGCUUAUUUCUGAUGAUUCCUAUAAAACACUCAAAUUACUGAGUCAGCACUCUGUAGAGUACCAUGAUGAUGAUCUGUCCGAACUCAGAGGGGAGUCUUAUAGAUUUGCAGAAAAGAUGCUGCUCUCUGAAAAAGUAGACAUUUCACAUUCUGACACAGAAGAGUCAGCCACAGACCAUGCUUUACUCCUUGGCACAGACUUACAGCGUCAAGAAAGACUUUCCAGAGAGAAACUGAUUACUGCACCAAAAAAAGACAUUCUAUCAAAAAUAUACAAAGAUGUUUCUGAAAAUGGCAUAGGUAAAAUAUCUGGCGAUGAUGCUUUUGAUAAGGUUACAGUGUUGCAUUAUGCAGGAGACCCUAAGAGUCCUAAACAUGCAAUGUGGAUGCGAUUUACUGAGGAUAGGUUAGACAGAGGUAGAGAAAAGUUAUUAUAUGAAGACAGGGUGGACAGGACUGUUAAAGAGGCUGAAGAAAAGUUAACAGAAGUGUCUCAGUUUUUUCGUGACAAAACAGAAAAGCUAAAUGAUGAACUGCAAUCUCCAGAGAAAAAGCCACACAAAAAGAGUAGUAAAGAAUUUUAUUCAGGUCAAAGUUCUACAAGCAGUAGUCCAGAAAGAACUUUGUCUACUGAUAUGAGAACUUCUAGUGAUGACUGGACUAAAGCUCAUCACUUUGGAUAUGAUGGAAAGUGUUUCUCAAUAGCUGAUGAUAGAAAGGCAACGAGUUUACCUUGCAGUCCUGAAAAAAGAAUGUUCGAGCAGAGGGUAGAAGAUCCUAAAUAUGGCUCUGAGCAGCCAGGCUCCCACUCCGGAUUCCAACUUAAGCAGUCAAAGCUCAGUUCUAUUAAACUAAAAUUUGAACAAAGCAUUAAUUUAAAAAAUAAAGACAAUGCCCAGGAAGAUAAAAGACAAGAAUCCCCAUCUAAAAUUCCUGUUAAAAAAACUCAGGACAGUCGGCUGCCAUUUUUUCAGUUCCAUGUAAAAGAAAAACAACAAAAGACUGCAGGUGAAAUAAACGGAGACAUGGCCUUGUUAAAAGAGUCCAUUAAUGAAGAAUGUUUAAAAUUCAAGGAAAUGAUAAAAAACACUGCUGUUUUUGUAGAUCCCAAAAUAGAUAAAGCAGUUGUAGGGAAAAGGGACCAAUUUUCAGAGCAGCAAGUAAGCAUAUCACCUAGUAAUAAAGACUCUGCAGGAUCUUCCUUGACCUUGGAGAAAAAACAUUAUAGAACAUGGGAGGCACCUGAUAUCACUAAUAAUAAAACAACAAAGGAAAACCUUACACACAUACUUGUUCAGAAUAAGGAAGCUGAAAAUACUGGUUCACAUGCUACAAUCCUGGAACUCAGCAAAGAGCUAUCCAUCCCGAAAAAUGGGUCUAAUCCAAGAGAAACCAACUAUGUUAAGUCUCCUUCCAAGAAAGUUUUAUACACAGACCCUUCUCGCAAGGACAGAGCCUUUACCAGCGAUGAAAAAAAUAACCAGAAAAAGGAAGGAGGUUGCAUAUCUCGUAUCCCUGUUCAAGAGAAAAAGUUAUCUCACAAUUCCAAUGCACAUACUAGCUUGGCACAAGUUGAAACUGAGUUGACAAAAGCACCUACUUCACCACUGAUUAGACAGAGUAAACCUGAAACCCUACACUGUGCUUUUGUGACUGAUGAAAGCAAUAGCCGUUCUGAUAUCAAUUUGCAUAAGACCCAAGAUCAUCUAGGGUUAUCUCCUUCUAGUGAAGAUCCAGAGAUAUCCCCUGUAAAGUCCCCAGAUUCUUUAGAAUUCAGCCCUGUAAAAGAGCGUACUUCUCCAUUAGCCAAUCAAAUCAAAGUUGAUGACUUAAACAGGAUAAUUUCAGUCGCAGGUACAGAGGUGUUGAAAGAGAUAAAAACUUUACCUGUCUAUGUUAGCAUUGUGCAAGUAGGCAAGCAGUUUGAAAAGGAAGUUCAACAGGGGAGUGUUAAAAAAGUUGUAAGUCAAGAGAGUAGAACAGUACAAGAAACAAGAGGUACACUCUUUACAAUUAAGCCACAAAAACAACCACCAUCUCCACAAGGAAGCCCAGAAGAUGAUACGUUGGAACAAGUAUCAUUUAUAGAUAGUUCAGGAAAAAGUCCCAUGACUCCAGAAACCCCUAGUUCAGAGGAAGUUAGCUAUGAGUUUAACUCUAAAACCCCUGACUCAUUAAUGCCAUAUUUACCAGGAAAGCCAAGUCCAAUACCUGAGGUAUCUGAGGAGUCAGAAGAGGAAGAACUAACAAAAUUACCUUCUGUUAAGCAAAUUAUUCCAGAGUCCCCUCCUACUGACAUUCCCCAUCCUAUUAAUAUUAGCAAUGAUGCAAACAAAAGACUGAAGGACAACAGAGUUGCUUAUAUUGAGUUUCCACCUCCACCACCUUUAGACAGUGAACCAAGUGACUCUAGUAAAAAGAAUGACCUAUCCACUGAUAGUGAAAUGGAGAUGACUGAAGUAAAUUUGCAAGAUGACCAUGAUAAAUAUUUGUCCGCUGAGCCUGCCAUACGAGUGCAGCCUCCCUCUCCUGUACCCCUGGAGUUUGAAUUCAGCGAUUCAAGCGAUGAUGAAUCUGUUCUACAACCUAUUGCUGUAAAAAAGUAUACUUUCAAAAUAAAAGACGAAGAGAUUAAAGAAUGUGUAAAAAUAAAUACAUCAGGAAAAUCUUCACCAAAACAAUCACAGGACCCAGAAGUCGGUUUGAAUUCACCAUCAAAUGAUAUAGAACAAAAUGGUAAUGAUCAGUCUAUUACAGAAUGUUCCAUAGCAACCACUGCAGAAUUCUCACAUGAUACUGAUGCAACAGAAAUCGAUUCUCUUGAUGGCUAUGAUCUGCAGGAUGAAGAUGAUGGUUUAACUGAAAGUGAUUCUAAGCUUACACAGAGUCAAGACAGUGACCCGAAAAAAGAGCCCUGGACCAAAGAAGGCAUUCUAUCACUAAAACACAGUGAUCGUAGCUUUAGUCAAAGUAAACUUGAAGUUAUUGAAGAGGAGAAAAUAGUAACAGAGGAGUAUAAACCAUGUAGAAAAAUUUCUGACAGUGAAAUCAAAAAAAGCGAACAAGGAGAUAAAAAGCCAGGAGUUCAGGUUUUUACUUUGGAAGGAAGGCACCCGGACAGAGAUGUUUUUCCGGACACAUAUUUUAGCUAUAAGGUGGAUGAAGAGUUUGCAACACCUUUUAAAACUGUGGCUACAAAAAGUUUAGACUUUGAUCCUUGGUCCAGCAAAGCUGGAGACGACGAUGUGUUUGAAACAAAAUCCAAGGACGAAGAUCCUAAGCCUUUUAGUUUGGCAGUAGAAGAUCGAUCUCAAGCAACUACAACAGACACCACUCCUGCAAGAACCCCUACUGAUGAAAGUACACCAACUAGUGAGCCCAACCCCUUCCCGUUUCACGAAGGGAAGAUGUUUGAGAUGACUCGCAGUGGUGCUAUUGACAUGAGCAAGAAGGAUUUUGUUGAAGAAAGACUCCAAUUUUUUCAGAUUGGUGAGCAUAAUUCUGAAGGGAAGUCAGGGGACAAGGGGGAAGGGGACAAAAUUACUGCCAUCACACUUCCACAGUCAGGGGAUAUCUUGGUAGAACCCAUCAUAGAGAAACAAGUAGAAACAUCUGCAGUUGAACAUACCUCUGUCAUCCAGUCCAGUGGCGAAUGCCUUGAUGGGACAAAUGGUAAUAAUUCAUUGGAAAAAUCAUCAGCAGCUACCACUUCUAAAGUUGAUCCUAAAUUGAGAACACCUAUAAAGAUGGGCAUUUCUGCCUCAACAAUGUCUACGAAGAAAGAUGGCACUGGAGAAGUGGCAGUCAAAGUAGAAGCUGUAUCAGAUUUAGAUAACGAUAACAACAUUUCAUUGAUAAAACUGUCUAGCAGUGAUACCUUUAUUAGCCAGAUAGAAAUUCACGAUUUACAGGCAGAAAAUUAUAACAACAAUAACAAUUUGGAUUUUUCUGCCGUAAAUGUAAAUAAUAACAAUACCAUUAAUCUGGUUCUUAGGAAGGAGUCUGAUGCCAAACCUGAAACAAAAGGGAACAAAAUAAAGUUGAAUGUAGGGAAAGAGGCGGGAUCAGCUAAUCAUCAUGGUGAUAGGGAUAAGAAAAAGAUCCAAAAAGGGGAACAAAAAACAACAGAUUUAAUCAUCAAUAGACCAAGAUCUAAAUUGCCUGUUAAGGCUGUUUCAGUAAGGCCUAUCUCAAACCAGGUUAGUCAUACAAACACUAUAUCUGGCAGGAAGAAAUUAUCUAGUAAGGGCGAAAAAUGCACAAAGCAGGAAUUCCUCUCCAAUGCAGACAUUAAAUCUAAAAUCCCAGUAAAAAAUUUAAAUAGAAUGAAUGCUCCAGUGCAGAAAUACGUGACACCAAAGCAGAAGCAGGCACAGUUAGAGAAGGAGACAGCUAAACAAGCUCCCUCAAAAUUACCAGUCAAGGUAAGAUCUGCACCCAAUGCCACUUCAACAGCCAAAGUAAAGAAAUAUGAGUUCAGUGAGGUCUGUAAACAUUCUAUUGAAUAUUUUAAGGGAAUUAGUGGUGAGACAUUAAAGCUUGUGGACCGUCUUUCUGAGGAAGAGAAAAACGCACAUCCUGAGGGGUCUGAUGAAGAAGACAGCACGUCAAGAAACACAUCGGUCUCUGAAGCCACCCAAGUGUCCCAGCCUUCAGUUACAUCGAGGUCUGCUAAAGAAAUGAAAGCAGACGCAGCAUCUUUAAAAUCAAAGAUUGAAAAGACCGACAGGGAGAGAAGGAGCAGUAGAAGGACUGGUCCGCAGAGUCCAUGUGAUCGCACAGAUAUUCGAAUGGCCAUAGUCGCUGACCAUUUGGGACUUAGCUGGACUGAACUUGCAAGAGAACUGAAUUUUUCUGUGGAUGAAAUUAAUCAAAUCCGCGUAGAGAACCCUAAUUCUCUAACGGCUCAAAGCUUUAUAUUGCUAAAGAAAUGGGUUGGAAGAGAUGGGAAAAAUGCAACUACUGAUGCCUUAACUAAUAUCCUGACAAAGGUCAACCGGAUAGAUAUUGUCACAUUGCUGGAAGGACCCAUAUUUGACUACGGACACAUUAGUGGCAACAGAAGUUUUGCUGAUGACAAUAUUUUCCAUGAUCCCCCAGUUGAUGGUUAUCCAAACAUUCAAGUGGAACUGGAAACUCCUACUGCUUUACGUUUUGUGCCUCCUUCCCCCCUUCACCAAGAUGAUUUCUUUAGUGAUAUGUCUAGUAUAGAGUCACCCCUUAGAACUCCAAGUAGAAUGAGUGAUUUGUUAGUUCAGGGAAAUGGUGAUGUUUCAUCGGUACCACCAGUGGUGGCUGCAGAAGACACAUGCCUAGAUGACAGCAGGCCUGAUUAUCUCAUUCAGAGCCCUAAUGCUUCUUAUGAAAUGGCCAUUCAUCGAAUCAAAUUUGAUGAUGUUCAGUUGAAUGAUGAGCCACAGACCAAAGGUGACUACGCUGAAGAAGAAAAACCAGCUGAACUGUCAGACCAAAAAACCCAUGAAGAAUCAAAUCAAAUAGGAGGUAGGGCUGAAAAGUAUGUGAGAGAAAUGUCUGGUUCUGAGGAGGAGAUGACUGAAGAAAGGCUUAAAUUACUGUUUAAGCACCUUCACCUUGACGAAGAAUUUGAAUCAGAGGAGAUGACUGAGGAAAAAGUACAAAACAUUCUGAAACAUGUUGAACUAGCCGAACACGAGCUGUCUUCGAUUACAGGUUGGCCCGGUGAGGCGUCAAGCAUACUUGUGGAGCCACCAACACCGGAUCGCAAAUUGAAUAGUGAACUCUUUGAAAGACUGGACGACAGCCAUGAGUCAAUAACCUCUUAUCUUAAGGGAGAAGUUGGAAGGUUGGAAUCAAAUGUUAGCCCAUCUGAGUCUAUAACAGAGGGCAAGACAAGAUCCACUGCACCAGAGACUAAUGAUAUCAAGACAAAUGGGAAGCAGGGCAUGAAGCCAAAAACACUUCAUGGGAAAGGGGAACAAACCUCAACAACGAUGGUCCAUCAAAAAUCACAUGAAGUGACAAGCAAGACAGUAAUAGGGGAGCAUAGAAGCUCUUUACCUAUUAGCGCAAAAAGGAUGUCUGGUCACAUGGAAGAAGGAUCAGCUUCAGAUCUAAAGUCUGCUGGUAAAACUUGGCUAAAAUGCAUUUAUCAGGCUUCUAGUGACAGUGAAUAUGAGAAUGUUUCAAGUUCAGAUGAGGCAGAGAGAAUCACCACGAAAGUUACGAGACGGCGGUUGAUAUUAAAGGGGGAACAAGCAAAAAACAUUCCGGGUGAAUCUGUUACAGAAGAACAGUAUACAGAUGAAGAAGGCAACAUCAUCACAAGAAAAGUAACUCGGAAAGUGGUGAGACGUAUUGUGGUUCCACAUGAGAAAAAAUCACGUAGAAGAGAAACUGUUGGGACUGAAGCCUACAAAGUGAAGACCAAGAAAGAAGUGAGGCAUAUUGAGAAGAAAAGCUACGGAUAAAGGCAUAAUCUGAAGAGGACAGUGUUUGGUAACUGCCAAUAUUCAGGAGGAACGUAAAAAUAGCAAAAGUCACUGGAAAAA